AUGAAUACAUUUAAUAGUACCACAAUACAGUGUAACUAGCUGUAAAGAGAACCCUAAUAAAUAAGAGACAAAGUGCUGACGCCGCCUGUGGGAAUAUUAAAGGACUAUUACACCGACUUCCACGUUCGGGGCUGAGCCUCCUCCUCGCUUCGGCUCCACUCGGGAGUGCUCGGGUGUCGCCGGUGAGCCAGAGGGCAGAGCGAGCUCCGCGGCUCGAGACGAGACGAGACGAGCUCCGCCACCACACACACACACACACACACCGUCACACACACACACACACACACCUGGUCGGUCCGACGACAACCGCAGCGCACAGCAGCAGCCGGGUUAAUCACUGAAGGAAUGCGGAGCCAUUAGGACGAGCGCCGAGAGCCGAGCUGCUCCGAUCGACCGAAACUCGUCUCCCUCCUCCCUCGACGUUCAUUUUCACCCGACGCCGGCGCGCGACUCUCCUCCGGACCGGGGAGGGCGAACCAUGGCCACGGGCGGAUUCAAGUCGACCGCCGCCACCGACUUUCUGGAGGAGUGGAAGGCGAAGCGGGAGAAGAUGCGGGCGAAAAUGCUGGGCGACAUCGCGGCGGCGACCGGAGCUCCGCUGGGCUCCUCCGGGAGCGCGCACGCCGCCGGCACCGGCACCGGCACCGGCCGCCAAGCCGCCGCCGCCGCCGCCGCCGCGCAGGGCACCGAGCUCACCAACAACGGAAACCCGGAGCGAAGCGCCUCCUCUGGGAACUGCCUCCCCUCCUCCUACUCGGUGGCGCGGUCCUCCUCCGGCACGACUCUGAGGAGAGCCGAGGAGGAGACGCACCACCAGCAGCACCACCAGCACCAGCACCAGCACCCCGCCGCCGCCGCCGCUCCGCACCCCUCACCCGCCGCUGCGCCCUGCGCCGCCGCGGCGAGCCACCCGAAGAAGGCCCCGCCUCACGCGGACAAGGCUCCGUGCGCGUCCCCGGACCCCGCCGGCCCCGCCGGCCCCGGCAGCCCCGCCGGCCCCAUGGCCUGCAACGACAGCGACAAGGAGAGUCCGUCACCCGGCAAGGGCAAGGAGAAGAAGAGCAGCGGCCCCAGCGCCAGGAAGGGCAAAGGUCAGAUCGAGAAGAGGAAGCUGAGGGAGAAGAGGCGAUCGACAGGUGUCGUCAGCAUGCCGUCCAAUGAGAGCCUGGACGAGCUGGACGACGACGACGCAGGGGAGAAGGACCGCAGGGAGGAGGAGCUGGUGCAGGCCAACACCUUCCAGAACGAGGCCAUGGCUGCCGACGCUGCCGCGGACCACUUGAUGGACACCCCGAGAUGCGGGAGCGGCCGACACAAGAGCUCUGCGGGAGCAGGGUCUGAGGAGGAGGCCGGCGGGAACAGCCGGCAGCGGCACAACCGCCACGCCAGAGACGGGGGAGGAGCGGCCGCGGCUCAGGGGAGUCUGGAGAAGAGGAUGGAGGAGCUGGAGAGGGAGUUGUCCAGGGAGCGUCAGGAGAACGGCCGCUUGGUGAAGGCCCAGCAGGACAAGGACGACCUCAUCGGGAAGCUGAAGGAGGAGAUCGACUUGCUGAACAGAGUGAGUCCGCCCGGCCGGCGUGGACGCUCCGCUCUGAUGUCUGACAUUCCUCGAGUCGCUGCUUUGUGUUUUCUCUCUGGCGUGGGCGGCUUGUGCGUGUUGUAAAUCAUCAUGUGGCAUUUCAGCGGAGGACCUGGACGACAUUGAAGACGAGAACGAGCAACUCAAACAGGAGAACAAGACUCUGCUGAAGGUGGUGGGUCAGCUGACGAGGUAGAACCGCUCCGCACGGCCCCCGGAGACCCCGACACUCCCACUUACCCGGCGUCCUCCGGUUCCACCCCUCUGCCCCGGGUCAGGUCGUCCCAUCGUGGCCUUUUUUUUUAUCUGUUUGAUUCUGUCUCUGUAGAGGUGAGACUGUAACGUAGUCGCCGUCCUCGGAGCCUCUCGUCGUGAGAGCUGGGGGAACUCCAACGUGCUCCCGUCCUGACGGCCCUGCGGGAGUUGUCUCGUCAUCGUAUACAUAUUUAAUGUAAAUUGUAUUGUAUAUAGGCCAUUUAGAUCUAUUCCAUUAUUUUUGAUUUUUUUUUUGUUGAUAAGGUCUUAAAGAGCAGAAGUGAUGAAUGUAUGUGCUGCACAAACGAGUGCACACCCAGUUUUUAAAAUAAUUUUUUUUUAGACAUUUCCAUGAGCAGACACACUGGUAAAUUUAAAAAGUACCGUCUCUUGGACCAAAUUCACUAAUAAUUACUGCGACAGUACCAUCAGCUAAAGUGGACUUAGCGCCUUGCGAUGGAUGUGAGAUUUUUAUAUUCUUCCAAUCAAUUCUGAAAAAAAAAAAAAAUGAGUAAAACUUCAUCAUAAUCACCGGCACCAGAUUUCUCAACAAUCUCCAAACCUGAAUGAAGAAAAAAUAAAAAUACAAUUUCAUUUCUGUUCAGUUUAAAUGAUAAAGUUGGCACAAUCGAGACUUUAUAUAAACUAUAUGCUUUUCGCCUUUUUAAUGUUAGCUUGUGAGUAUCAUACCUGUCAGUGAUGAGAUAUUCUAGUAUAUAUACACAGUAUGUGGAUUCUUUGAAAAAAAAAAAAGAAGAAAAAAACAUUUUGCUCUUGUUUACAAAUUAUGGUCUUUUGCGAUAUCUGAUAGUUAGCUGCUCUGUUUAUGGCAUCUGAGAUGUGUGGAGUGAGCUAGAGUGCAUCUUUUUUCGUACGAAAACCAAAUGAAGCGAAGGAACGUACUAUUAGGAACAUGCAUCUCUUUCGUUUCACUCAAGGGAAACAGGUUUUUGGCUGGUUCGUUCUUCAAUUUCCGGCCGGGAGCCGAUCGCUGAGCUCCUGCAAAUAAAUAAUCCGUAGGUUGUUUCUAUUUAGACGAUCGACAGAUCGAUCGACUCUGCUUCCGCUCGCACACUCGCAUAUUUUUGUUCCGCCGACACAACAUCGCAGACCCCAUCAUCUCCUUCCCCCUGCUACAUUAUGCAUGUACAGAAGAUUAAGUCAUUUAAUAAAAGUUUGAUUAUCUCUCUCCUCA